CAAAGAAGAGUUGUGAUAUUAGAAAGAAAGAAAGGAAGGAGGGAAGGAAGCUUAAAAGGCUUGAAAUUCAACUAGUGACUCAUUUCCUUCAAAGAAUAAUGGAGCAAUUUCAUUAUGGUUCACAAAGAAGAGAAGAAGCAGAUGAGUUGAAUUUGAGAGAAUGGCCAGUUAGGGCAAGGAUCAAACGUGAGAACACAAGUUCUAGAAGGUUUUCAGGUUCUAAUAUAAGAAGCUUUAGAGAAGAUGGAAGAUCCUUUAGAUCAAACUUAACCAUUUCCAGCACUGCUUCUUCCCCAGGCUGCUACUCCAUGAGAGAUGAAAUUGACCCAUCAACCUAUUCCUUCACUACAGCUCUUAAAGCAUUGCAAGCUAGGUCAAGUUAUAAUAGUUGGGAAAGUUUGUCACCAGAGGGAUUUGCUUUGAACUCAAAAUGGUAUGAAGCAGAGAAAUAUAUUUGCAAUCCUCUUUCAGGGGAAGUUCCAAUGGAGUGUUUAUCAGCUAAAACACUAAGUGCAAGGUCAUUCAGAAAUUUCAGAACUAGGAUCACCAUGUCUGCUCCUUUAGUUUAUUCUACAAAUUCUAGACAAAUCCAAGAAAGGCCAAUUAGUUUUCCACAGGAAGAAGCAAUUAAUCACUAUCCAAUUCCAGAAAAGAAAAUGGACGGGAUGAGAACCAAGGAUGUGGGAACUCAAAGCACACCACCUGAUAGAAGUUCAACGAGUCCUAGUCCGGCUUCGACGCCUCCCAUUAAAGAGAGAUCGUUGAAGGAAUGUGGGAAAGAACAAACUGGUUCAUCAAAUUCUUAUUCCAUUCCUAAAAAGAAAUUAGAGAAAGUGGUAAGUACAUUCAAUGAUAUUUCAAAUGAUAAAUAAUGAUUUAGUAGAAGGAAUAUUUGAAAUGGGAAGCUUAAAACAAAGUGCAAAUGUAACUAAUUAAGAAAUGUAGGAAGAUAUUUUAGGGUGAUUAACCCCAUUCCCCAAAACCUAAGAGUUGAAACAGCGAUAAUUUGGAUGUUUCAGUUUCUUCCUCGUUGAUUGUGCGUUUCUACAAAUGGGGUCGUCAAGAUUAGGCUUGACUGAUUCAGAUCAAUGAUCUAACAAAAUGGAGAAGUGUAAGAGUAAAAAAGGGACCACGCUCUUCACAUAUUCCUAUAGACUCUAUCUAGCUUACAGACCUAUGAUUUUUCUCCCAUGGUUGUCUGCUUCCCAACAACGCAUACAGUUGUGGUUGUCUCUGUUUGUGAGAAGCAUUUUACGGACAGCAAAAAAGAAUCAAUCAGAAGGGAAAACGAAAAAGAGAAGAGAAAAAAAAAUGGAUGACUCUACUCUAACCAAUAAUAUAUCAGUAUCAGAAGCAAAGGCAAUUUCACAAAACAUUAUUUACAAAUUCCCAACUACCAUAAACUCUGUACUACAAAACAUUUAACAAUCCCACUUACCACAACCAUCCCACCCUACUUGCUUUAUUGUGGAGCCCAUAGAGAUUCUUUCCUGCAAAAUACAAAAUGGGUUCUCACAGUUUCUGCUGCUUUAUAUUGAAAUUUCUACUUUAUUUCUCUCUUUCUGGAAAAAAUGGUUAUGCAUUUGAAGGAUAUGGUCAAAUGGCUAAAAUAAUGAAAAGAAAAGUCUCUGAAUCAUUGCAUCUGUCACUCAUUAGACAUCCACAUGCUUGUACCUCAAUAUCAAUAAGCAUAAUCUCAAAAUCAGUCCACAGGUGAAAGGGCCGGGAUUCAAGGGAAACACUAAAAGUGAAAAGAAACAAAAAAGUAAAAACGAAAAAACAGUUCUCAAAGGUUAUUGUUGAGCAGAAGAAGUGACCCUUUGUGGAUUAUGUGUUACUGGUAUGCAUCUUUUCACCAGUGGCUUUAAACAUUGUUUGGUAAGAAUCAAAAUGGGUGGUCAUAAUUUGUAACUUUGUUUGUCUUUUUUUUUUUUUUUUUCCUUUCCUCCCCAAUAACAA